AUGGAGUUGACGGUAUUAGGAAAACCCGCACUACAUUUUGCCACAUCUAUUUAUGACGAGGACCUCGCCAUAUUGAUUUGGUCAGGGUUCAUCCAAUUUCGCAUUCGCCAUCCAGAAUUUGACCUGACACGACAAGUUUUUGACAAUUCAGCAGAUUCGCUCGGUUUUUCGGCAUUACACUAUGCUGUAGAGGCUCGGAUGAACCGCUUUAUUCGUGCAGUUUGCAGUGGACUAAAGCAGCACACGACGGAGCUGGUGGCUAGUCGUAUAGUCACGCGCGAUGUAACACUACCCAUCAACACGGCCCAAACCAUAGGCAAAAAUAUUGCAAGUGGAGGGUGCUCGCUACUUCAUCUCGCAGCCAAGAAGGGUGAUUUAGAGAUGGUAAAAGUCUUGGUCGCCCCGCCGAUGUGCAUGGAUCCAAAGACGUUACGCGACUGGGACGACAACUCGCCAGCACGAAUGGCAGCGAUUUAUGGCCAUGAUGCAGUAGCUGCUUAUCUGGAGAACAUAACUGGUGAAGCCCCAUUAAGCAUCUUAGACGUUGAUAAUGAGCGGAUGAGCCGUGAGAAAAAGGCGACGAAGCGUUUUUUGACACAACUCGAGCCCAACAAAUCCAUGCUAGAACCCUUCGUGUGUCAAAAAAUCUGGACUAUCGAAGAAACUAUGCUCAUUUGUAAGGAGGUGAACCGAGUCGCUGCAAAACAAGGCUGGUGCAAGGAACGGCACACAUCAUAUCAAACGACAGACAUGCCAUGCCACCAAGUACCAACAUUAAGUUCUUGGAUCUGCUCGACAUUAACUGAUAGGAUGUUUCCUCAAAUCACACAGCGCUACAAACUAUCCAGGACGGAGCGUUUAUCAUUCCGCGAUCUCUUUUUCGUCAAGUAUGAGGCCCGAAGCGGUGAACGCUCGAAUCUCGAGCUUCAUCGUGAUGGAUCCAUCUUAUCUUUUAACAUUUUGCUUAAUUCUACAGAUGCAUUCACUGGAGGCGGCACAUAUUUCGAUUCCACCAAGCGCACGGCAUACGUCAAAUUCUCGUGGGCUUUCUAG